ACGUGGCGCGCGGCCGCGGCCGAAGCAGAAGUAGCAGCGCCCGCGUUGGAGGGCGCGCGCCGCAGGGAGUGCCCGGAGCCGGGACCCGCGGCCGGGGCUCGGCCAGCGUCCUGUUCCCUCACGCCUCCCACCACGUCCUCUGCCAAAAAUGACCGCCAUGGUCAACAUGGACACCCUUCCUGAAUAUGAGAAGAGUCAGAUCAAGAGAACCUUGGAACUGGGCACGGUGAUGACCGUGUUCAGCUUUCGUAAGUCUACCCCCGAGCGGAGGACUGUCCAGGUGAUCAUGGAGACGCGGCAGGUGGCCUGGAGCAAGACGGCUGACAAGAUUGAAGGCUUCUUGGAUAUCAUGGAAAUCAAGGAAAUCCGCCCCGGGAAGAACUCCAAGGAUUUUGAGCGCGCGAAGGCAGCCCGCCAGAAGGAGGACUGCUGUUUCACCAUCUUGUACGGCACCCAGUUCGUCCUGAGCACUCUGAGUUUGGCAGCUGAUUCUAAAGAAGACGCCACUAAGUGGCUCUCUGGCUUGAAAAUCUUACACCAGGAAGCGAUGAGUGCGUCUACGCCCACCAUUAUUGAGAGUUGGCUGAGAAAGCAGAUUUAUUCAGUGGAUCAAACCAGAAGAAACAGCAUCACCCUCCGGGAGCUGAAGACCAUCUUGCCCUUGGUCAACUUCAAAGUGAACAGUGCCAAGUUCCUCAAAGAUAAGUUUGUGGAAAUCGGCGCUCACAAAGAUGAACUCAGCUUUGAGCAGUUCCACCUUUUCUAUAAAAAUCUUAUGUUUGAGCAGCAAAAGUCGAUUCUUGAUGAAUUCAAAAAAGAUUCUUCCGUGUUCAUCUUGGGCAACACCGACCGGCCGGAUGCCUCCGCUGUUUACCUGCACGACUUCCAGCGGUUUCUCCUACACGAACAGCAGGAGGUUUGGGCUCAGGAUCUGAACAAAGUCCGCGAGCGGAUGACAAAGUUUAUCGAUGACACCCUGAGGGAGACCGCCGAGCCCUUCUUGUUUGUUGAUGAGUUCCUCACGUACCUGUUUUCGCGGGAGAACAGCAUCUGGGACGAGAAGUACGACGUCGUGGACAUACAGGACAUGAACAAUCCCUUGUCCCAUUACUGGAUCUCCUCCUCACAUAACACGUACCUCACCGGUGACCAGCUGCGGAGUGAGUCGUCCACGGAGGCAUACAUCCGCUGCCUGCGCAUGGGCUGUCGCUGCAUCGAGCUGGACUGCUGGGACGGGCCCGAUGGGAAGCCCAUCAUCUACCAUGGCUGGACGCGGACCACCAAGAUCAAGUUUGAUGACGUCGUGCAGGCCAUCAAAGACCAUGCCUUUGUCACCUCAAGCUUCCCGGUGAUCCUGUCCAUCGAAGAGCACUGCUGUGUGGAGCAGCAGCGCCACAUGGCCAGGGUGUUCAAGGAGGUGUUUGGCGACCUGCUGUUGACAAAGCCCACGGAGGCCAGUGCUGACCAGCUGCCCUCGCCCAGCCAGCUGCGGGAGAAGAUCAUCAUCAAGCAUAAGAAGCUGGGCCCCCGAGGCGAUGUGGAUGUCAACGUGGAAGAUAAGAAAGAUGAGCACAAGCAACAGGGUGAACUGUACAUGUGGGAUUCCAUUGACCAGAAAUGGACCCGGCACUACUGUGCCAUCGCUGAUGCCAAGCUGUCGUUCAGCGAUGACAUUGAGCAGACUGCAGAGGAGGAGCUGCCCCAGGAUAUACCCCCCACGGAGCUGCAUUUUGGGGAGGAGUGGUUCCACAAGAAGGUGGAGAAGAGAACAAAUGCCGAGAAGCUGCUUCAGGAAUACUGUGCCGAGACGGGGGGCAAAGAUGGGACCUUCUUGGUGCGGGAGAGCAAGACCUUCCCCAACGACUACACCCUGUCCUUCUGGCGGUCCGGCCGGGUCCAGCACUGCCGGAUCCGCUCCGUCAUGGAGGGCGGGACCAUGAAGUACUUCCUGACUGACAACAUCAUGUUCACCAGCAUCUAUGACCUCAUCCAGCACUACCGUGAGACGCACCUGCGCUGUGCCGAGUUCGAGCUCCGGCUCACCGACCCCGUGCCCAACCCCAACCCCCACGAGUCAAAGCCGUGGUACUAUGAUGGCCUGAGCCGCGGGGAAGCAGAGGACAUGCUGAUGAGAGUUCCCCGGGACGGGGCCUUCCUGAUCCGGAGGCGGGAAGGUACCGACUCCUACGCCAUCACCUUCAGGGCCAGGGGCAAAGUAAAGCAUUGCCGCAUCCAUCGGGACGGCCGGCACUUUGUGCUGGGGACCUCUGCCUACUUCGAGAGCCUCGUCGAGCUGGUCAGUUACUACGAGAAGCACGCGCUGUACCGGAAGAUGCGGCUGCGCUAUCCCGUGACGCCUGAGCUGCUGGAGCGCUACAAUAUGGAACGAGAUAUCAACUCCCUCUAUGACGUCAGCAGGAUGUAUGUGGACCCCAGUGAAAUCAACCCGUCCAUGCCUCAGAGGACCGUCAAAGCUCUGUAUGACUACAAAGCCAAGCGAAACGAUGAGCUGAGCUUCUGCCGUGGGGCCCUCAUUCACAACGUCUCCAAGGAGCCCUGGGGCUGGUGGAAAGGAGACUAUGGGACCAGGAUCCAGCAAUACUUUCCAUCCAACUACGUUGAGGACAUUUCAACAGUCGAUGUGGAAGAACUGGAAAAGCAGAUUAUUGAAGACAAUCCCUUAGGGUCUCUUUGCAGGGGAAUACUGGAUCUCAACACCUAUAACGUCGUGAAAGCCCCGCAGGGGAAAAACCAGAAGGCGUUCGUGUUCAUCCUGGAGCCCAAGAAGCAAGGCGACCCUCCGGUGGAGUUUGCCACAGACAGGGUCGAGGAGCUCUUUGAGUGGUUUCAGAGCAUCCGGGAGAUCACCUGGAAGAUGGACACCAAGGAGAACAACAUGAAGUACUGGGAGAAGAACCAGUCCAUCGCCAUCGAGCUCUCGGACCUGGUAGUCUACUGCAAGCCGACCAGCAAGACCAAGGACAAUUUAGAAAACCCCGACUUCCGAGAAAUCCGCUCCUUCGUGGAGACGAAGGCUGACAGUGUUGUCAGACAGAAACCGGUCGACCUCCUCAAGUACAAUCAGAAGGGCCUGACCCGUGUCUACCCGAAGGGACAGAGGGUGGACUCCUCCAACUACGACCCCUUUCGCCUCUGGCUGUGUGGCUCCCAGAUGGUGGCACUCAAUUUCCAGACUCCAGACAAGUACAUGCAGAUGAAUCAAGCCUUGUUCUCACUCAACGGGCGGACAGGCUACGUCCUGCAGCCCGAGAGCAUGAGGACGGAGAAGUACGACCCCAUGCCUCCCGAAGCCCAGCGGAAGAUUUUGAUGACUCUGACAGUCAAGGUUCUCGGGGCUCGCCAUCUCCCCAAACUUGGCCGAAGCAUCGCAUGUCCCUUUGUGGAGGUGGAAAUCUGCGGGGCUGAAUAUGACAACAACAAGUUUAAGACCACAGUUGUGAAUGACAAUGGCCUAAGCCCCGUUUGGGCUCCGACACAGGAGAAGGUGACCUUUGAAAUUUAUGACCCAAACCUCGCGUUUCUGCGCUUUGUGGUCUACGAGGAAGAUAUGUUCAGCGAUCCUAACUUCCUCGCUCAUGCCACUUACCCCAUCAAAGGAAUCAAAUCAGGAUUCAGAUCUGUUCCUCUGAAGAACGGGUACAGUGAAGAUAUCGAGCUGGCUUCCCUCCUGGUGUUCUGUGAGAUGCAGCCAGUCCUGGAGAGUGAAGAGGAACUCUACUCCUCCUGCCGCCAGCUGCGAAGGCGGCAGGAAGAGCUGAACAACCAGCUGUUCCUGUACGACACGCACCAGAAUCUGCGCAAUGCCAACCGGGAUGCCCUCGUGAAAGAGUUCAACGUCAACGAGAACCAGCUCCAGCUGUACCAGGAGAAGUGCAACCGGAGGUUAAGAGAGAAGAGAGUUAGCAACAGUAGGUUUUACUCAUAGACACUGGGGAACGCGUGUAAGGGUGUCGUGCCCGUGUGUGCUCACGUGUAGGAGAAUGUCCUCUCUUCAGACCCCGGGGACUUGCUAAUCUGUGAUGUCUCGUCAAGCCUGGAGUCAAGAGGACACUUUUGAAGACCCACCUGGCAUGAGCUGGGUGGGGUGACUUCCUGCUCCUUUCUUCAUCUUGGACAAUUUCUUAACUUAUAUUUUCUAUAGAGGAUCAUAAAAACGUGUUUCCUCGUUUUUUGGUCUCUCGUGUUCCCAACCUCCUUGAAUAAAAGCGGUGAAAAUCUUGAUCGUUAGACCUUCUGUGCUCAACCUGUACAGUGAGCAGGACCCUGGUCCAGCCUCUAAGGACCCAAGUAAUUGACUUCCGAGGAAGAUGAGCCCGAUACGUAAGGAACGAAUUAAUUAGAUUCGGAAAAGGAUUGUAACUAAAAGGCAAACGGUUCGGCCUUCCCCUGGGCCCCACGAGUGGCCCUCGCCCCGCUGCACCUCUGCCCGGCUUCUCUGCCCCAGGUCAGCUGACUCAGCUCAGCACCAAAGCCGCAGUGCUCGCGACACGCCCGCUGCCGUACCGGAGAGGUGGCUGGGGCGUGCGGUCUCUGUUCGUUAGAACAAGCUCCAGUCCGAGGUGGAAACUUGCUUUGGGACUGGCGUUACCGGGGUGGGGGCCCCUUUGAUUUUGAAAGUCUGAUGGAGAGACCAGAGACCCACUGGAGGCUCAGCCGGCUUCUUACUCACCCCUGCUCUGCCCACUCCCGAGCUAGUUGCAGAUCUCCAUGGGCUACGGAUUUUAACAGGUGAUCAGAAUUCAGCUCUCUGUGUUGUUCCGCUUUGUGGAGCCACGAGCUACAUCUUAAGCUGUAGGAAACUACAGAAAAUCCUACACACAGUCAUCCCCAAAGAGGCAGACCCACCUGGGACACGAAGACACUCCUCUACAUCUUGAUAGACAAUCGAAUGAUUUGUACAGUGUGAUGAUUUAAUACGACAUUUUAAAGUCAAAGAUAGUGUUGAGGUGGACAGUAUGACUCAGUCAAGUCACAACUUGGUCAGACUGGGGCGAAGGGUAAUUGCAAGGAAAGAAUAAGGUGUCAGGAGAGGACACAGGAGCAGUGAGCCUGGUGGAUUUACAGGUUGGAGCUGGGUCCUUGAAGCCCAUUCAGGCUCAGCAGGCACGUAUUCUUGCUGGGAAGUACGUUAAAACCAGCCAGGCUCUGUCUCAUCAAAAGACCCUAUGCCUUCAUCCCACAAAAGCUUUUCAGCACUUCAGUGUACCAAGCACUGUCCCCAAGGUCAGGGCUACAAUGUAAAAAAAAAAUUUCUAGAGGUGGGGGAAAAGCCAUGGUGACUGCUCGCAUGCAACAUCUCCGUGAGCUCCUCAAAGACAUACGUUGUACCUUCCCCGAAGCCAGGAGCAUAGGUGACAGCAGUCUGAAGGGGUGGGGCGGUUAUCUUGCAACACGACCCCGUGAUUCCUCCAACUGGAGUUGCCGAAUUAUUUGGCAGUCAGCAACUGAGCGGAGAAUAUUCCUGAUGGUGGCAAAUGGUCCAAGCAACGUUGAAUAAAGGUGAGUUGCAAAGGCACUGAGCUCAGUGCUACAGGGUAGGAAUUUUCAGACUCUGUAACCUUUCUCCGUGAGCCAUUGGCCAGGUGGCCACUGGAGCCUAAUUAUCGCACCCCUACCCCUACCUCUAGGUCCCUUGUGCCUCCAUCAUGCCCCCUUUUUUAGCUCGGGGGUGAGUAAAAGACAUAAACCUUUCCACUUCACUCCAGUUUAAAGUCUAGAUCCCCAUUCUGCUUAAAAUGGCUUUUCUGCUAGUGCGUCAAAGAAAUGAAGACCGGGCGGCCCAGAAGGAAGAAACAAAGCAUCUUUUCAGCUGCUGCCGGGUAAAAUCCAUAGCCAGCCACACCCAGAGAGAGACAGCAGCCACGUGAAGUGAGGGAUAUGCUAUAAACGAUGCUGGGAAGAACUCUUUCCCAGCAUCAAACCGUCUCCUCCUAGGCACUACCAUGACUUGGAUGCACCAUUAGAGAGCAUUUGCUUUGGCUUCCCCAUUCUUUCCUUAACCGAGUAACACAUAAAUCUCACUGAGAGAGGCGAUACUAGGAUUCUCACAGGAAAGACACAGAGAAGGGAAGGGCACAGGUGACAUCACUGCUCUUCCCCUCGUCUGCCCAGCUGCCACAUAAUCUAAGUAUAAAUUAUCCAGCCGAGACUGGGGCUGGCCGGUCAUGGAGUCAGUACAGCCAGUGCAGGCUGAGCAGAGCAGCGACAGGAGCAUCCGGAGAGACAGGGGCAGCAGGACUGACCCGAACCACGAGUGCGCACGUGUGCUGUUGUUUGACCAUGUCUCUGGGUUUAUCGUUUACUUAGAGUGGCACUUCUGUUGCGUGGAAAGAUAAAGGGGGGAUAUGCUGGUUACAUCAUUAGAGCUGGGGACACUCAGGCGGUACGAAGUUAAAUCAUUUCUCUGCUGCGAAACCUGGAUAUUCUAGCGUGCACAGUUAAGAGGGGUGGAGAAUAUCACACUUCCCAAAUUAGAUCUCCGAGCCCUUUUGCGAAGGGAUAUUUCAUGGGAGCUAAUGCAAAGUGCAACACAUUUGAGGGCCAUCUAAAAGGCAGCCGGCGACAGAAUCUAAUAAUUGAUGUACUUUAAAGACUUAGUGAAAUAAAAUCUAAAUUUAAGCCCCCAAGGCCAAUGGUCUUGACACUGGGCUCGCCUUACCCCCCAAAUGUCUACCAAGCUUUCCAAGACAUACACAGGCUCAAAUAGUUUGAGGGGAUCAAUUUUCAGAUCCUUACCUUCCUAUUCUGCUCUUAUGACUCAUCUGACUCAGAAGAUGCCUUUUUCUCUCCUCACAAAAGAAAACCUCUUUCCCCACAGUCUUAAACGGGAGAGCACGACUCAAGGUAGAAAAUUCAAAAUACGAGUGUUCGGAAAGUGAAAGCCUCUUAACAAUAGGGUACAAAUCCGUCUGUGAUUCGGGUGGCUCUCAAUUCUUUCAUUUCAAUAAAUUUAAAGGAACACCCAAGAUUUCUUCGGUAUUUUCUCACGUAAUUCCGAAGGACUUGGAAGAAUUCAGCUAUCAUGCUAUCGCAAAUCUCCUUCUGUUCCCUGUCUCCUUAUCUAUGCAAAAAAGGAUCGCCACCACUUCCAUAUAUAAAAUUGGUAAGGGGGAACAGAAUGGAUAUUGUGGCCAUUGUAACAAAGGUAACACUCAUCUAUGCAGCAACGAAAUGACUCAGGGGUGGGGGGCAAAGCUUUUAACAUUAAGUGAUACAUUGCCAAUGAAAUUUUACUAAGUGUAAUAAUUUACUAAAAUUUGUACGUUUAUUGAUCAAGUUCAAUCCAAAAGAAAGUUUCAAAUACACAGAGCUUUAUGACUAUAGGAUAUUAUCUAACUUUGUUACAAAUAUGCAAACAACCAACAUAAAAAGACAGAAAUCAUUAGGGGAGCCCAGGUGCUCAGUCGGUUAAGCAUCCAACUCUUGAUCUCAGCUCAGGUCUUGAUAUCAUCAGGGUCACAAGUUCAAGCCCGCAUUAGGUUCUGUGCUGGGCAUGAAGCCUAGUGAAGCCUACUUUAAAAAAAAGUAUACGUAUGUUUACAUGUAUGUCUCAUUAGGCUAAAAUGUUGAGGGGCGCCUGGGUGGCUCAGUCAGUUAAGCGUCCAACUUUAGCUCAGGUCACGAUCUCGCUGUCCGUGGGUUCGAGCUCCGCGUUGGGCUCUGGGCUGAUGGCUCGGAGCCUGGGGCCUGCUUCCCAUUCUGUGUCUCCCUCUCUCUCUGCCCCUCCCCUGUUCAUGCUCU